GCUGCUGGAGGGGAGAGGCUUAAAGAAAGGGAAAGAGGAGUGUGAGGCACGGAAGGAACCGGAGGAACCUCCAGUAUGAAAUUCGUCUCUGCUUAUUACUUGCUGCCUCUCUUUCCUGCACUGGUCUUCAGUGCUAGACAGGGCUAUGAAGAACUGGAAAGACAGCUCAAAGAAGUCUUCAAGGAAAGGACCAAUAUCCUUCGCCAACUGUCGAAGACUUCUAAAGAGCUUGAGGGAAUUAAAGUAAACCUCCAGUCUUUGAAAAAUGGUGAAGCAUCAGCCAAAAAUGAUGUGCAGAAACUUCUGGAAUUGGGCCAAAAGCAAAGGGAAGAAAUGAAAUCUCUUCAGGAAGCCUUUCAAAAGCAACUUAAUGAGGCAACAGAGAAGGCAGAAAAGCAGCAGGCUACGAUUAACUUUUUGAAGACCGAAAUGGAAAGGAAGAGCAAAAUGAUCCGUGACCUCCAAAAUGAGAACAAAAGCCUCAAAAACAAGCUCCUGUCAGGAAACAAGCUUUGUGGUAUUCAUGCAGAAGAGUCAAAAAAGAUCCAAGCCCAACUGAAGGAGCUCCGUUACGGGAAAAAGGAUUUGAUUUUUAAGGCACAACAGCUCACGGAUCUGGAGCAAAAACUGGCAGUUGCAAAAGAUGAAUUGGAAAAGGCAGCCCUUGACAAAGAGUCACAGCUGAAAGCUCUGAAGGAGACUGUGCAGCUUUGCCUGUCUUCUGUUCUGCACAAUCAGCCUCCUGCUAAGAGUCUAAUCCCUUCAAAACCAGAUGAGAAGCUGACAUCCCCAGCUACAAAGGGCUCAAAGGUUCCAUUUCAAGCGCCAAGCACCAAGCGAAAUGCCUCAGAAGAGAAAGAGAAUCUUCAUCUGGCAUCAAGAAAGGAAGACAACCAGAGCAUCCAGGAGUGCGACUCUCAAGACGUUGGCAAAACGUGUUUGGGGAAUCGCAGUAAUUCAACAUCUCGUUUGAAGACAGCAGAAACAGAGACAAGCUUUCAGAAGUUGCACAGCCCUCCCUGGAUUAAACCUGAAGAUAAAAAAUCACCUGAAAGGAACGAGAAAAAAAUUGAGGAGUCUGUCAGUACAAAAGAAAAAAAACUCUAAGCACUAUUAAUCUACAUUAAAAUGCCCAUCAGUUGUUUCCAUCUUCAUAUUCUUUUAAGUCCAGAGGCAUGAAAUGUACCAGGUUUCUAAAGCAUGCAUUUUUCACUAUUUUAUGAAUGUUUGUAAAUUAGUCUAGACUAGACCAAUUAGUAACUUCCAGCAAUAAUCCAAAAUGGAUGUUCAAAGAAAUGCUUUGUAACACAGUCCAGUUUUCAAACUCUUGUUCUACCUGAUCAGUAACUGCAUACUAUAAAUUAGUUCCUUUGUCAACAGCAGCCAUUUUCUGGUAUUUCUCAGUCUGUUCAAUUUCAUGUACCUUUAUGGCAGGUUAGGUUUUAAAUCAAAUUAAGAAUUGAGCAGUAGUUAACAUGGGGAAAAAUAUUUGUGUAAAGAAUACAACUCAAAAGAGUAACUGUAAUAAGGGAACAGUGGGGGUCCAUGUAUACU